AUGCAAGUUGAUGAAGAUUUGGAACGAAGACGAACAAUCUUGACUUGCUACUUGGUUAGCACUGCGUAAGAUGACAAGUGCCUCUACUAAACUUGGCGCUGGCUUACAGAAAACAGAGCUUCUAUGAGUUUAAGACGACCAAAUAGCUACAGGUCAAAUCACUGGAUCAAUGACUGUAUCGAAUUUCUGGGUAUUCACGGGAGUACCUCUGCACUAGACCACAUUCUUGUAGCAUGGGCAAAGCUAUUUCAAGUUUGUGAGGAUAUCGUUGUGGCUUUUUCCUUUGAUGAUCUUGGUAACAUCGCAGAUCGUGAGUGACCUCUCUUUCAUCUUAUUAUUCCUCUGAGCGUUCUGACUCGAGCUCUUUCAGUCGCGGAGCCCAGGGUGCAAAUAAUGUUGAAUGGAUUCCAGCAGCGGCUGCUUGCUUAGAGAGGCAGAUGCGAGGCAGUUGGCAGUAUGAAUAGUAUGUCGCUUUCUAUCUUCGAAAACCUAGAUCUAAUGCUUUUGUAGUCGCGUUGGUACUAGUUUACCAUCACAUUGA